CUGUGACAGACAUAAAGAAGGAAAGUGACGGACAACACAACCUGGACGACUUUCAGCAGGAGCGGUUUAAUUUUUUGUCCUUUUUUUUUUCAACAAGAAGACAUUCAGACCUGUUUGGAGGACAGGGUCCUAAAGUCCUUUGAAUCCAGGAAAACAUGAGUUGUAUCCCAGCCUCACUCAGGUAAUAUGACUAUAUAUGGCUUAAUACUAACUAAACACAGAGACAUGUUACACAUCAACCUCUGAGGUUGUUUUGUAGUUUUCCUGAGCACUAAAAACAGAGGCACACUUACUGUUCAAGAGGUGUCUGUUAUAAAAACUAACACAACAUUAAAGGCAUACAAUAGGUGCAUCUGCUUGAAAUGCUAGAACUCUGGUGCAAUCUCUCUGAUAGACCCUACAACUUUGAUAUCAAAUAGAUAUACAUUUUAAUAACUGUAACAGGUUAGGGAAUCCUCCAUCUUUUUCCCCAUCUCCUCUGAUCCUCCCCUCCCAUCCUCUCAGUUGCGAGUCAUUUGUUGUAUAAGCUGCUGAAGUCAUUAGGUGCUUACCUACAGAUAAACCCAACUCUUUCCAUGACACCCUCCCCCUCCUAAUCCCCUCACCUGUUGUUCAUACUGCUCACUUUUGUUGUACAGGUAGCAAAACAUGCUUUUCAAUGUAAAGUACCCGCAACUUUUGGUUUCAACAGACUUUCUCAUUAAGAAACUAAAUAGUUCCUGUCAUCCUCUGUUGUCUGGCUUUCUAUCUGGGAAAGGCAGAUAGUGUCAAAGGUUCUCCAGAAGAUUCCUAGUUCCUUGGAUACGUUCGUGCUGUCAAAUAGCAUCUUUGAAAUGUGUGAAAACACAUUGGCCUGUGUGAUCACAUCAUGUGUAUGAUAGGAAAUAUCUCUACACCCUGAAGGAUGAGUGAGCUGCAGGGUUAUUAUGGACCAAGGAACUGCAAGUUUCAACUCCUCAUUUGUUUGAGUUUGACACAGCUUGUGGGAGUUACUUUUCACAAAGCUUAUGAGUCAUGAUACAUCUUGAGCUAGUCCCCACUUAGCUCCCUGUUUAACCAGGUAAGAGUAAAUAGUUUUACAUGGAUAGCUUCAACUGAACAAGCUCAAGGUUUUGGUACCAGUUUGGAUACAAAUGCAGCCCAUACUGACUUUUGUUUAAAACAAUCAUCUGUAAAAUGGACAGCUCAAACAGCUAGGUUGUGGCUGUUUUUCCCAAAACAUAAAAACAGAUUGCAGGAUCGAGAAGAAAGUCGAGCAGUGAAAUGAACUUUCUGCUCACAGGUGGGCUCAUUCUAAAGCAAUGUGGGGGUAACACAACCCGGUGUUGGUUUGUGACCAUGACUUUGAAUGAUCCAUUCAGUGAAGGCAGUAAAUAUGUCCAGGAUCACACUGUCAUCUGUGAAUCUUCUGUUAUGAAACUUCACCACAGUUUGGUGUGGAUUCCCAACACUGUAACAUUGUAUGUGUGUAUUAAAACACCGAUCAGUAACAUGGGUCUACUUUACUGUUUUGUUUUUAUUAUUAUGUAACCCUUAAUAAAAGAAAAGCUGAGGAAAAGCAGAAAGACUAAGGAAUUCUCUAUAAUAACAGAGACAAGCCUGAAAACCAAUAGUGGGAUGGGGCCAUCAGGUGGCUCUGCACAAAAACAAACACAACUGUGUAGUGGAAAUCACUUCAUGAGCUGAGAAGCACCAUCAAAAACCAUUGUCUGUGAAUGUAUUAUGUUCCAGCAUCCACAAACUCAGGUCAAAACUGCAAUAAGAGGGUCUCUAACAACAGCAUGCCUUCAGGGAACUCUUAUUUUAUGGACAUUUUUGAGGCAAGGCGUAUUCAUUUCAUCUCAUUUCAGUGACAAGGCAGAAAAAAAAUAAAAGUAACUAAAAUAGAUAAAUAAAAAGAUGAUUAUUUAUUGAUGAUCAGGAGUUGUAUAUUGUCAAAUUAGAUAUAUUGAAAUGUUUUGAUGAAAGGCAAGGGUCUCUAUAGAUCUCCAACAUUUAGAAGUUUGGAUUCGUCUUUUCUACAAAGAUGAGUCCAAAGAGUAAUAUUAACAAUAAUUACGUCUAUAAACCCAAAUUUUGUGUGUGUGUGUGUGUGUGUGUGUGUGUGUGUGUGUGUGUGUGUGUGUGUGUGUGUGUGUGUGUGUGUGUGCAGUAUGAGCACUCUUCUCAGUCAGGGAGAGUCUGAGGUGGACGGAAUUCCAGUGGAGAGAAGAGGCAGCAGAGCUUACCAGGUACAGAAAACACCUUCACUCUCUUUCUCUUAUUUAAUAUAUAUCUAUAUAAUCUCAUAUAUACAUACAUAUAUAUAUAUAUAUAUAUAUCUAUAUAUAUAUAUAUAUAUAUAUAUAUAUAUAUAUAUAUACACACACACACACAAUGUAUGCUGUCUAUUACAACUGUUGUAUUUAAAAUGCUUUCAUCAUAAUUCAUUCACAAUAAAGUUUCUUUAUUUUGUGAUGAUUCACCACUGUGGUCCUCUGUCGGUUUAGAUCUUUCCAGAGGCCAACAUGAGCGAAGAUUCAGACUCCAGCUCCUAUCCUGAAGACUUUCUGUACAGGAGGGAGCGUCUCCCCUCCAUCGUGGUGGAGCCCACAGAGCAGAGUGAGGAAAACUGGACUGCUCGAUGCGCUCAGAGCAACAACGCAGAGGAUGAAGAGGAGGAGGAGAGCAGCACAGGGGGGGCUAUAGAUGCAGAGCUGCUGGAGGACUCAGGGAUAGAGGAAUGGUAAAGAUCCCAGUCACCACUUUAUAAAGUGUUCAUGAAAGCUUCAGAAGGCUAAAAGCUGUGGGAUUUUAACAGACUGUCUGGGUUCAAUGAUGCUUUUUAAACUACAUUAGUGAGGCUAUUUAUGAUACAAGAGAACUCCUUCUGUUUCUACAAUUAGAGUUCACUGAGCGCGCCAGGGAUUAAUGAUCCUUCUUAGUAGACUUAAACUCAAAAUUGUUGAGUCAUACAGUAGUCUGCCAGGUUUGUGUGGGGACAGUUGGCAGUGGCCAACAACAAGCCCAACUAAUCUGGAACAGCCUGUACAUCCUGCUUUGGGGGAAUGUGCUGCAAAGUUAUAAAUAAUGCACAUUCAUAAACACAUGUAAAAAAUUCAAAAGAAAUGCAAUGAUGGAAACAUGCUUUAGAUGACAAAAAUUGAAGCAGAAAGAUGAAAAAAUAUCAGGAGAGAGUUCCCACACAGCAACUUUAGAAAUCAUCUAACACAAUAACUUUGCCAAAGCUAGCUGUUCACCAGAAACUUAAAAAAAUGAUAAUAGUAAUAAUUAAAAGUUGUGUUUUCCAGCUGAUAGAGCGGAUUUGUUUAUUUGUAUCACGUUUUUUUCAAUCUGUAACAUGUUUCUGUUUUUGCAUUUGAUUUGGGAUUUUGCAUCAUUUAUGAAUUUGCUGCAUGUUUUUCCUGAUAAACACUUUUUGGACUAGUUUAAAUUUCCCUUUCAAGACCAAAAAAAAAAACAGAUUAAAAAACAAAUUAGAAACAUGGCUGUUUUCUGACAUUUUUUUUUUUUUACUGCAGACAGAAAAAAAGAUAUUGUAAUGUCUGCACAUAAGUUAAUAUAUGCAUCACUGAAUUUGAAGGGAGACUGUACCUGUUUCAUCAGGUGACUCAGACAGAUCAGUGGGGUAGAAAAACUCCUUUUGAUCACCCUAACCCUUUUCUAUCUUGUUUUUUUCUCUGCUGAAGCUCCAUUUCCAGAAAGUCUUCAAUCGGACCAUCCCAGAGCCAACUGUCACUCUCUCGACUGACCCCACCAACAUCACCCACUCCCCCUGAGGCUGCCCCACCCUGUCUGAGGAGCUGAACCAGAAAAACCUAUAUGGACUAAUGAUGUUGCAGUUUACCUGAACUGUAUGUAACCUCUAAGAUGUGUUACCUCUUCACAUCUGAGCCCCUCUGUGGAGCUCUGGAUGUUGACACAUUUAAAAUAUUUGUACUAAAUGAGGUUGAUAGCUAAAAUUAAGCUAAUGUCUGUGCUGAUAUACUUUUGAGUGAUACCUCUAGCUUAAAUAGCACUUUGCUGCUACUGUUUUUUGUUUAUUUUUUCUUUCUGAGCUAAAGGUAAAUUGACCGGAUUAUGUUUUUCCUGGUUAUGCAGAUUUCAUCCUGCUGCUCGAGAGCGUUUUGUGUAAAAGUUUUACUCUGUCAUGCCUGUUUUGUUGUCACUAAGUAUUUCUCAUUACAAGAACAAAUAUUUUAAUAACAUGCUUCAGUCCAAGUUGGUCAAGGGCAGGGAUGAAAAGAGAGCUUGAGCCAGAGUGAAAUACUUAAAUUAAAGUUUACUUUGAUAGAGUUACUUAAAGUUCCUGUGAGGAACUUUCAGUUCUUGUCAGUAUUGGCGCCCCCCUGUGGACAAAGCAGUUUUUCUUUUCCUCCUCAUCUAUGUAUUUAAGCAGUGUGUUCUAACAGGAUUCUUAUCCUGCUGAUGGUCAAAUGUAUUAUUUAUUGUGAAUAUCAUAUUUUGACAUUGUCUGUGUGCAGGCAAUGUCAAAACAGGCUGUCCUAGCCUAGCCCCUCACUCCAUUUUCAAGCAUGUAAAAUCAUUAAGGGUUUCUACAUCAGUUUCAGCCUAUUUAAUUCACAUAAAAAAGUUCCUCACAGGAGCUUUAAACAGAACAAUGUCAAAAAGUCUGUUAACUACUCAAGUUCAAUUGUUUGAAUUUUGAUUAAAGUGCUAUUUUCGUUUUUAUCUUAAUUUUAUUCCUCUUUUUUUUUCAACCCAGUAAGGGGG